AUGGCUUUUCCUAGUCAUGUGCUAUAAAAACAACUACUUAAUAUCAAUAUGAGGGUGUUUUUUUCUUCUCUCAAAUGAUUCUCUAAUGGUGCUAGCGGUUUUUUUUUUUCUUGCAUGUGAUGCUGCUCUCUCAAGCAAGAAAAGCUCAAUCAUUGAUAUUCGAUCGUCAUUAUUACCAUUGCCAUCAUGAACUCGUUAGCUAGCCCCGUAACUCUUGUCUGAUUCUUGAAGAAUGUGCCUGAUUCUUCUUCUCUCUUCUCCUUUGCUUCUUUUUCAAUGCUCCAGGGAUUAACUGCCAAGUUCUUAUAUUUGAUCAUUUCUGGAUCCUUUGCCGGGUUUCUUUUGAUCUGGGCUCUGGCUUCUCUCAAAAUGAGGCCAUAAUUAGCAGAAAAGUUAAAGAAUCCCACUUUUACUGCGAAUUUGGUUGAAUUGUUGGGAUUUUGAGGCAGCUGGGAAAUGGGCAAGAAAAAGAACCCCUUGUUCAUUUUCUUGCUGGGGGCAAUUUUCUCAUCCAUCCUUGCUGAACCAGUUAAAGAUAAACAAGCAUUACUAGAUUUCCUUGACCAUAUUCAUCACUCACGAUCUCUCAACUGGAGCAAGGAAACCUCUAUAUGCAACAGCUGGAUAGGAGUGACAUGCAACAGCGAUCGUUCCAGAGUUAUUGCCCUGCGAUUGCCUGGUAUGGCACUUCGUGGCCCUAUUCCAGCUAACACUCUAAGUCGUUUAUCUGCUGUUGAGAUUUUAAGUCUUAGAUCCAAUGCUAUUUCGGGUUCAUUCCCUUCUGAUUUUGCUGAACUCAAGAACCUGACCAACCUUUAUCUUCAGUUCAACAAGUUUUCUGGCCCAUUGCCUGAUUUCUCUGUUUGGAACAAUCUUACAAUCGUUAGUCUUUCAAACAAUGGCUUCAAUGGAAGCAUUCCUCCUUCAGUUUCAAAGUUGACACACCUCACAGCUUUGAAUCUUUCUAAUAACUCACUUUCAGGUGAUAUUCCUGAUCUAAAUAUCCCUAGUUUGCAACAGCUUGAUUUAGCCAACAACAAUCUCACAGGAAUUGUUCCUAAGUCCCUUGAAAGAUUUCCAAGUUGGGCAUUUUCUGGUAAUAAUCUUUCAUCGGAAAAUGCCCUUCCUCCUGCUCUUCCAGGCCAGCCACCUAAUGCUCAACCUUCAAAGAAAGCCAAAAAGCUGGAUGAACCUGCACUCUUGGGGAUCGUAAUUGGUGGCUGCGUGCUGCUAUUUGUCCUAGUUGCCCUUUUGAUGAUCAGUUGUCACUCAAAGCGACAAAAGGAACAAGAAUUCCGUGCAAAGUCCCCAAAAAAAGAAGUCUCUUCGAAGAAAACGGCUUCUGAGAAUCAUGAUAAGGACAAUAGGCUUGUCUUCUUUGAGGGUUUUAAUCUUGCAUUUGACUUGGAGGACUUGUUGAGAGCAUCUGCAGAGGUGCUUGGGAAGGGUACAUUUGGAGUAACAUACAAAGCAGCCUUGGAGGAUGGAACCACUCUGGCAGUGAAGAGGUUGAAGGAGGUAACCUCAGCAAAACGGGAGUUUGAGCAACAGAUGGAGGUGGUUGGGCGUAUCAGGCAUGAGAAUGUGUCUGCGCUUAGGGCAUAUUAUUAUUCAAAGGAUGAGAAGCUUAUGGUUCAUGAUUACUACGAUCUGGGAAGCGUGUCUGCUCUGCUACAUGGUAAAAGAGGUGAAGGCCGGACAACUCUGGACUGGGAAACUAGACUUAAAAUUGCAAUUGGUGCUGCAAGAGGCAUUGCUCAUAUCCACUCACAAAACAGUGGAAAACUUGUUCAUGGAAACGUCAAAGCUUCAAACAUUUUCCUAAACUCUGAAGGAUAUGGUUGUGUCUCAGAUAUUGGUUUGGCAGCAGUGAUGAGCCCAAUGCCUCCACCUGUAAUGCGGGCUGCAGGUUAUCGUGCACCAGAAGUAACAGACACUAGGAAAGCAACUCAAGCAUCUGAUGUAUACAGUUUUGGGGUCUUAUUGCUUGAGCUCUUAACUGGAAAAUCACCAACACAUGCCAACGGUGGUGAUGAGAUUGUUCACUUGGUGAGGUGGGUGCAUUCUGUAGUUAGAGAAGAGUGGACUGCAGAAGUGUUUGAUGUAGAACUUUUACGGUAUCCUAAUAUAGAGGAAGAAAUGGUGGAGAUGCUACAAAUUGGGAUGAGUUGUGUGGUGAGAAUGCCAGAGCAGAGACCAAAAAUGUCUGACCUAGUGAAAAUGGUGGAGGAAAUUCGGCGAGCAAACACAGGGAACCAACAAUCCUCUGAAACUAAAUCAGAAACUGCAGCUUCAACCCCAAUCCCACAUGCAGCCGAAAUAGGUCCCUCUUCAUCUGUUCCACAGUAAGAUUCUUUUGUUUUAUGAAUUAGUAGUUUUAUAAAAUUUUAGAAUUCAUUAUGGAACAGGCAAAAGGGUUUUUGAUUACUUAAGUUGUUUAUGUAUCCUAUACUUCUAUGAUAAAAUAUGGUUACAAGAUUAGUUUAGCUACCCUGAUGUAGCUAUGAUCAGAGUCAAUCCUUGGUUAUUGUGUCAUUGAAACAGCCAGGAAUUAAUUGUUAAAUCAUGUGGACUUUAAUGGUUUUGCUCGAUGAAGUCUCUUUGAUUUCUUUAUCUAUGGUUGGGUAAGGGUGCCCGGUGCAUAUGCAUGCGCAUCAAAAUGGACAGUGAAUAAUCGUGGUAUCUGGUUCCACUUUGUCCUCUUAUAGUCCAAAACCUACCAUCAUCAAUGGUUUCAUUUCAUUAUCCCAUUCGAUUCAACUGAAAAUGGUCAUAAGCUGAGCAGGGAAAUGAACAGGAACUUUUUCAACAAUCUCAUCAGUUAACAGGAAGCUCCAAUUUAAAAGGGUGUUAGUGGUUUUGUACCUUUGAUGAGCGCACUGCCAAGGUUUUUUAUGCAGCAUUUGAUCCUGUGGGCAAUCCUUAAGAAAAGUUAGGAUUUCUUUUUCUUUUUCCUCAUCUAAUCAUCAAUAACUAGGCUUGAAACAAGGGCAAUAUUUUGUCUCUGGCUUCAAAUAUUUAAUUGAGCCAAUG